AUGGCACAAAACCAACUCAGUGAGGUUGAGGUUCCAGCUAUUCUCACCACACAGCAAAUCCGCGCCGGCUUGAGCACUCUCCCACAAGAGCUCUUCARCGAGAUCUACGAUUUUACCUUCACCUACAACGGGGAGGAUCGUCAAAUUUCGAGCACUCGUGACCUUCACUUCGGCGAAUUCAACGAGUUCCGCGCAACCAUCGGUCGGUCACCCAACUGGAGAGACCACUCCGCGUUCAAGCGCAUCGCUACCUGGACGCCACCGGCCAACAUGCAGGUUGAUACCACGACACGCAAGCAAGUCAUGAGGCAAGUCUUUGGAAGCCAGCUUCCUUGGACGCUCUCGAUGGGAACUGGCGUAGGUAUGAUCAACGGCCUCGACGAGUUCUACCGUUGGUUUGAUGCCAUGUCACCAACGGCACACCACCUCCUGGCCAAUCUCGUCUUCGAAAAUGAGUUUGGUCAUCGAGAGAGGGGUGAGAUACUUGGGCACGCGGACCGUCCGGACUGUACUGAGUGGUAUGAAGUACGCAUUCAGCUGGCAUAUCGAUACUGCCGGGCCAUCAUGGAGAUCUCUGCCCCUGGUCCAUACACAGUGCUCAGGGUUUCCAUCUCGGAGGGGUAG